AAUCAUUCUACUCGCUGAUAAACAAUAAACAGCAAUGUGGGGAAAUAAUUAAAUUAAGUGAUAAUUGACAAUUUCAUAUUAUUAUGAUUCUAAAAUAAAGUGUGUGUUUAUUGUGCUCAGAAGAAACCAUAAAUCUCAAAGUCUAAGCCGAGGAAUCAACAAAAAUUGAAGGAUGUCCAGAUAUUAUUAUUUUAUUUCAUUGUGCAUUAUUUUGGCAUGCGCAGUGUCUAUAACUGCAGAAGAUGACGAUAGAAAUGAGGAGGAAGACGACCGAGAAGCCCGAUGCUUCCAGUUCACUUGGCUAGGUCCCAGAUGGAAUAACAACAGUGUGUUUCUGAACGCUACGUGCCAGGACGCGACAAGGCUGUCUGAGGGGGUGCCUUGCGCCGAACCGCUCGUUGUCUCGUAUGACGGAUCAUGGCCUGACGUGCAUUAUAUUUGGAGGAACCACAGGGGAAAUGCUUCUUGCGUUCUAGCAAAUAACGACGUUUGUGUACAGUACACGCAUUAUUUCGAUGGAGUCGGUAAGAAAGAAAUUUUACACAAAUAUGUACCUACCUAACUU